GGAGGCUUUGGUGGUUCCGUGCUGAGACCUGCUGCUAGGAGCUGUGAGGAGAGCGGCGAGCUAGGGAUCCGCGCCAUGGCUGCGGUGACCUAUGAGGAUGUGCAUGUGAACUUCACUCAUGAAGAGUGGGCAUUGCUGGGUCCUUCCCAGAAGAGUCUCUACAGAGAUGUGAUGCUGGAGACCUACUGGAACCUCACUGCUAUAGGUUACAAAUUGGAAGACCACAAUGUUGAAGAAUACUAUCAAAGUUAUAGAAGACAUAGAAGGUAUAACAUCUGUCAUUGUGGGUACAAGCCUUGUGAGCAUAAGGGAUAUGGAAAGAACCAAUAUAUCUUUGCCUGUAACAAUUUUCUUCAAAUAUAUGAUAGAAUCCAAACUGAAGAGAAACCGUAUGGAUGUACUCAAUGCAGUAAAGCCUUUGCAAAUUUCCGUAGUCUUCGAAAACAUGAAAAAAACCAUACUAGAGAAAAACCCUAUGAGUGUAGUCAGUGCAGUAAAGCCUUUGUAAGUCGCAGUUCUCUUCAAAUACACGAAAGAACGCAUACAGGAGAGAAACCCUAUGACUGUAAUGAAUGUGGAAAAGCCUUUUCAACUCGCAGUCAUCUUCAAAUACACAAAAGAACUCAUACAGGAGAGAAACCCUAUGAUUGCAGUGAAUGUGGUAAAGCAUUUGCACGUAGCAGCAAUCUUCUAAUACAUAAAAGAAGUCAUACAGGAGAGAAACCCUAUGGUUGCAAUGAAUGUGGGAAAGCGUUUGCAUGUCGCAGUCAUCUUCAAAUACACAAAAGAACUCACACUGGAGAGAAACCCUAUGAUUGUGAUGAAUGUGGGAAAGCCUUUGCAACUCGCAGUCAUCUUCAAAUACAUGAAAGAACUCACACUGGCGAGAAACCUUAUGAAUGUAAUCAGUGCGGUAAAGCCUUUAUAGGUCGCAGUCAUCUUCAAAUACAUAAAAGAGUGCAUACUGGAGAGAAACCUUAUGAGUGUAAUCAAUGUGGUAAAGCUUUUGCAUAUAACAGUGAUCUUCAUCGACAUGAAAUAAUUCAUACUGGAGAGAAACCCUAUGGAUGUAAUCAAUGUGGUAAAGCCUUUGCAAGUCGUAGUAGUCUUCGAAAUCAUGAGGAACAUCAUUCUCUUGAGAAACCAUAUGAAUGUACUCUAUGUGGUAAAGCCUUUGCAUAUUGCAGUAAUCUUUAUAUACAUGAAAGAUGUCAUACUGGAGAGAAACCGUAUGUAUGUACUCAGUGUGGUAAAGCCUUUGCACGUCGCAGUCACCUUCAUAUACAUGAAAGAAUUCAUGCUGGAGACAAACCUUAUGAGUGUAAUCAAUGUGGAAAAGCUUUUCUACUUCGCAGUAGUCUUCAAAUACAUGAAAGAACUCACACUGGAGAGAAACCUUAUGUAUGUACUCAGUGUGGUAAAGCCUUUGCACGUCAGAGUCUUCUUCAAAUACAUGAAAGAAGUCAUACUGGAGAGAAACCUUAUGAGUGUAAUCAAUGCAGUAAGGCCUUUGUAUGUCGCAGUAGUCUUCAAAUGCAUGAAAGAACUCACACUGGAGAGAGACCUUACGAAUGUAAUCAGUGUGGAAAAGCCUUUUCACGUCGCAGUCUUCUUCAGAAACAUGAAAGAAGUCAUAGUGGAGAGAAACCUUAUGAGUGUAAUCAAUGUGGUAAAGCCUUCGCAAGUCGUAGUAGUCUUCGAAAUCAUGAAAAACAUCAUAAUAUUGAGAAACCUAAUGAAUGUAAUCAGUGUGCUAAAGCAUUUACAUCUCUUCCACCAUCUUCAAAUAUAUGAAAGAAACCACACUGGAAAGAACCUCAGAGUGUAGUCAAUGUGGAAAAUCCUUUACAAGUCACAGUUACCUUCAAAUACACAAAAGAAGUCACA